UUAUAAAAAUUUUAUUUUCACACUUUAAGUACCACACUACGGCAAGUACCAAGUACCAAGUGCCAAAUACGGUGGACUUUGUAUUUAUACAGGGCUACCACCAGACUAGAGUAUACAUGCACAAGUUAGGUACUUGGAUUUGGCUCAAACAUAAAAAGAGAGCGAAGGACGAAGGACGCGUCGUUCGCGGGUAUGUGUGUGCAAUAAGAAGAUGCUUUCAUGAAAAACAGUACACAACAAAACCAAAAUCAUGAGCUUCUCUAGUGAUGAAGUUAACUUUCUCGUCUACCGUUACCUCCAGGAGUCGGGAUUUCAGCAUUCUGCCUACACUUUUGGUAUAGAGUCACACAUUUCCCAGAGCAACAUAAAUGGUGCCCUGGUGCCUCCAGCUGCCUUGCUUUGUAUUCUUCAGAAAGGUUUGCAGUACACAGAAGCUGAAAUCUCGAUAGGCGAAGAUGGAACGGAACAGAGAGUAGUGGAAUCGCUCUCGUUGAUUGAUGCUGUGAUGCCAGACAUCGUGGUAUCCCGGCAGAACCAGCAAAGUCAGCAGAAACAGCAGAUUACAAAGGAUGUUCAAGACACAAAUGGAGAAGAAGUUCCUGCCAGUGAAGGUGCAGACGCAAAUAACAAAGCAAACGAAAGGCAAGAAAUGGAAGUUGAGGACCAACAAUCAGGACAAGGUGCUGGACCUAACGCCAAUUCAGUCAAGAUACCAGCGAGCAAAGCUACAAAAUUAUGCGGGCAUGAAUCAGAAGUAUUUAUUUGUGCUUGGAAUCCAACCAUGGAUCUCCUGGCUUCUGGGUCUGGGGAUAGCACGGCUCGUAUUUGGGAUAUGUCUGGUAACUCACAGUCACCAAAUCAAUUAGUGUUGCGACAUUGUAUUCAGCGGGGUGGAACUGAAGUACCAAGUAAUAAGGAUGUCACAUCUUUAGAUUGGAAUUGCGAUGGAACACUAUUAGCGACGGGAAGUUAUGAUGGUUAUGCUAGAAUUUGGACAACUGACGGCAGGUUGGCGUCAACGUUAGGCCAGCACAAAGGGCCAAUAUUUGCUCUCAAGUGGAAUAAGCGGGGAAACUAUAUUUUGAGUGCAGGAGUAGAUAAAACUACGAUUAUAUGGGAUGCUGCAAGUGGCCAAUGUACUCAGCAAUUUAGUUUCCACACUGCACCGGCCCUUGAUGUCGAUUGGCAAUCAAACACAUCUUUUGCUAGUUGCUCCACCGACCAAUGCAUCCAUGUGUGCAAGCUUAACGUCGACAAACCUAUUAAGAGUUUCCAAGGGCAUACUAAUGAAGUAAAUGCCAUCAAGUGGGAUCCUCAAGGUAACCUGUUAGCUAGCUGUUCAGAUGAUAUGACUCUUAAAAUUUGGUCAAUGAAACAAGAUACUUGCCUGCACGAUCUUCAAGCACACAGCAAAGAAAUUUACACGAUCAAAUGGUCGCCCACUGGCCCAGGUACACAGAAUCCCAAUAUGAACUUGACUCUGGUCAGUGCGUCCUUUGAUUCUACUGUAAGACUGUGGGACAUCGAAAGAGGUACCUGUAUUUCUACUUUGACCAAACAUACCGAGCCAGUAUACAGCGUAGCGUUUAGUCCGGACGGCAAGUUCUUAGCUAGCGGAAGUUUUGAUAAAUACGUGCACAUAUGGUCGACGCAGGGUGGUCAACUAGUGCAUAGCUACAAAGGAACCGGAGGAAUUUUCGAGGUGUGCUGGAACAGCAGGGGAGACAAAGUCGGAGCUUCAGCGUCUGACGGCAGUGUGUUUGUCCUCGACCUUCGCAAACCAUAAUUUUGAUGACAAAAAAUUAGAUUACAUAUUAACAAUUUUUUAAUUUACCUUCCCGUGAUAUAAUCCUUUUAUAAGACCAUGGCCGCAAUUAACUUUAAGUUUUACAAGCUAAACAGUUUUUCGUUCAUCAAUUUUUGACGCCUUUCAUUUUAUUGUCUCUAACAGUGACCAUUUCGUAAUUUUUAGAGGCAGUUAUUGAAUAUGAUUUUUUUGAAAAUGGUCAAAAAAAAUUUUUUAUAACAAAUUGUGUACAUUGAAGUCAAUUUAUGUAAAUUAACACAUUUUGUAUUUUACUAAAGAAGACUGUAGAAAAUAUGAACUGUCAUAAAAAUC